AUGUGGCUGGAUGAAGCUGGCGCCGCAGCAGUGGAGCUCGAUGCCCUUGAAUAUUCACAAGCUUUCGAGCUCAUGGAUCCGUCGCUGCGGCUUAAUAACGCUAGAUACUUCGGGGCGAAUUUUAAGCCUAGCGAAGGCGAAAUUCACGUGCUGGUGGUGGUUCCGAAAGCCACGGAAGAGCUUGUUUUACCUGCGUUUGAGUAUGAAGACAACCAACGGGAGCAACAAAGCGACGGUGCUGUGGUGUCAGGCGAUGGAAUCGAGAGACAAACCCGUAAACUUAGCGCACCAUUGCAGAUUUCGGACUUGACACUCGAAAGAGGAGUUCCAUCCACCUCGAAAAGCUACUGUUGAAGCGUUUGCUGACCUUCUCGAGCGAAAGUCUGUGAUACUCAUUUGUGCGCCACCUCUAUCUGAAAAA